AUGAAUGAUGUGGACGGUUUUUUUCCUCUCUCUCUCGGGGCAGCGCCGUACGGGAUCUUCGCUAGGAGCUGCGUGGCCAUGGCGAAGGAUGCGAGGUCCACGUUCCAGCUCAUCGACGACAACGGGUGCUCGGUGGACCCGGCCAUCUUCCCGAGGUUCCUGCCGGACGGCAACGCGUUGGUCGCCCACUAUGACGCAUUCCGGUUCACGGAGUCCUACGGAGUCAUCUUCCAGUGCAACGUGAGAUAUUGCCUUGGGCCUUGCGAGCCGGCCGUCUGCGAUUGGGGUCUGGAAAAAUACGAAUCCUACGGGAAGAGGAGGAGGAGAGCCGUGGCCGAGCCGGAACUGCUGGGAGCGACCGGACGGAGCAACGCGGAAGACAUGACCCUCAGCCAGGAGAUCCUCGUCCUCGACUUCGGCGAUGACGAACUGGGACUCAACAAGACGGGUGGAUCCCGAUACGAGAGCGGGCCGGGACCCUUGAACGAGGAAGGGAUCGCGAUUUUCGAGACUUGUCCGACGAGGACGUCCGUCCUGGCACUGGCCGUCACCUGUUCCCUCCUCCUUCUCAUCUACGUUUGCUCGCUCUUCUACUUUCUCAUGCGGAGGUGGUUCACGCACAAGCCUCUUCAUUGA